AUGUCAGAAGCCUACGAACGCGAACGACAAAACAACGACUCCCUCGCCGCCCUCUCCUCAAAAGUCUCCGCGCUCCGCUCCGUCACCGUCGACAUCUACGACAAUGCCCGCUCCCACGAAGUCAUCGACAACACCUCAGAAACCUUCUCCUCCAUGACCACCGGCUUGAAAGGCAGCGCGAGAAGAUUAGGCGUGAUGGCGAGGCAAGGCGAUCGUGUGGCGGUGUUGAAGUUGGCGGCGAUCAUUGUCGCGGUGGUGGUAGCGCUGUGGUGGAUGCUGAGCUGGAUAUUCUGA